ACCGAUCAAAGUGUAAAAUUACAGAUCAGUACGCUUCCUUAGAAACCAGUCAAGCACGGCGUAUAAGUAAUUGAUUCGACAGAACCAAGCUAGCGGAGUCCAUUGUAACAUGGCGUCAGCAGUGAACGGUGUGUUGUUGGUCUGUCUGUGUGUGGGACUGGUUUCAUUCGUUGAUUCCGAAUGUCCAAGAGCCAGCAGUUAUGGUUUCUGGGUGGAACAUAACAACGACGGACGCUGUAUUUUGAAGUGUGAUGACGGAUACGAACCCUCAGGCUGUCAUGUACUACGAUACUCACACAACGAAAGGAAAUGGAACCAUGAUGUCCCUACUUGUGAAAGAAAGUCUCUUGUGUCUGGGAAGACUGUAGUAGCAGUGGGAACUGGAGUACCGGCGGUCCUAGCUGCCCCAGCUGUUUUAGCGGGGGUCGGGUUUACUGCCGCAGGAGUAGCAGCAGGGUCCAUAGCUGCUAUGCUACAGGGUGAUACCCUGUCAUUCAAUCAAAAAGUAAAUGAAAUGUAA